AUGGGCCUCAAACUGAUUCUUCUCACCGUUGCUGCAGCUCUUGCAGCGGCCGAUUCAUUCACGCUAAAAGCCUAUGUCCCAAUAUCGCCCAUAAUCCACGGAAAGGCCAUCCACGCAAGUGGCCAGCGCUUCAUAAUCGGUCUCGACGCCCCGUCGUCCUUCUGCCCACGUAUCCCUGGCAUAACAUGUCCUCCAGGAACAUCCACAACAGUCGACGAGGACCUUACCCAUUUACGAGUCGCUGUACCCGGCGGCCAAACAGUUUUCAUAGCUCCAGACGGUAUCGUCUCUUACACAGCCGCGCACUCCACCCGCAUACCUGAAGGUUCUACGAAGAAAGGGUUCUAUAAGAAGACGUUGGUGUCUACAUGCUCUGCGGAACACACGCAGCUGUUAGACUUCCUAUCUGCCGACAACGCCGACCUCGAAGGCGUGUAUGCCUGUCCUAACCCGGAUCUCGAACGAACAUGGCUGUUAGCAGCAGCUGGCCAGAAGUCAAAGGCACUGAACGGUGAUUGCGUACGGUUGGAAGGACUGGAAUUGCAGAAGAGUGAGGUUGAGAUUGGAGCGUGGCAGUAUUGA